AAACUCCGCCUUCCUCUUUCGGCGGCUCCCGUCGCCAGCCUGGUUUGGUCGGGGAAGGAAGCUCGACGUGUCCGGAAAGGAACGCGCGGCGCAGAGGCACCAUGCUCGACCCGUCCUCCAGCGAGGAAGAGUCCGAAGCGCUGCCCGAGGAAGAAGAGCGGCGGGAGGCGCUGCCCAGCGUCGGCGCCCAGAGAACCCUCCCGCCCCCCGCCGAGAGGAGCGGAGGAGGAGGAGGAAGCGGCGAAGGAGGCGUCGGGAGCGCCUCCUCGUCCUCUUCGCCCGCGGCGCGGCCGGCCAGCCCCAGCCCCUCGGCGCGGAGCGACGGCCGGGAGGAGCAGGAGCGGCUCCAGAGGGAGGAGCGGGAGAAGCGGCUCCGGCUCCAGCUCUACGCCUUCAUCGCCCGCUGCAUCGCCCACCCCUUCAACGCCAAGCAGCCCACCGACAUGGCCCGCCGGCAGCAGAAGCUGAACAAGCAACAGCUACAGGUUGUGAAGGAGCGUUUCCUGGCCUUUUUGAAUGGAGAGACACAAAUUGUGGCUGAUGAAGCAUUUUGUAAUGCUGUCCGAAGUUAUUAUGAGGUUUUUCUUAAGAGUGAGCGAGUUGCCCGAAUGGUCCAGAGUGGAGGAUGUUCAGCAAAUGACUUCAGAGAUGUUUUUAAGAAGAAUAUAGAAAAGAGGGUUCGGAGCCUGCCUGAAAUAGAUGGGUUGAGCAAGGAGACUGUUCUGAGUUCAUGGAUUGCCAAGUAUGAUGCCAUUUCCAGGGGAGAGGAGGACCUGUACAAACAGCCCAAUAGAAUGCCUUUAAGUGCUGUAUCUGAACUGAUUCUAAGCAAAGAACAACUUUAUGAAAUGUUUCAGCAGAUUCUUGGAAUAAAGAAACUGGAGCAUCAAUUGAUCUACAAUGCCUGUCAACUGGACAACGCAGAUGAGCAAGCAGCCCAGAUCAGACGUGAACUUGAUGGACGCCUCCAAGUGGCUGAACAAAUGGCAAAAGAAAGAAUAUUUCCAAAGUUCAUAGCAAAAGAAAUGGAGCAAAUGUAUAUAGAAGAAUUGCGCUCUUCGGUGAAUUUGCUAAUGGCCAAUUUGGAAAGUCUUCCAGUAUCUAAAGGAGGCCCAGAAUUUAAACUGCAGAAGUUAAAGCGGUGUCAGAACUCUGCAUUCUUGGACAUAGGUGAUGAGAAUGAAGUCCAGCUAUCAAAAUCAGAUGUGGUGUUGUCAUUCACAUUAGAGAUUGUUAUAACAGAAGUUCAAGGCUUAAAGUCACUGUCUCCAAAUCGUAUUGUUUACUGCACAAUGGAAGUAGAAGGAGGAGAGAAACUUCAGACAGACCAAGCUGAAGCAUCCAGACCACAAUGGGGAACUCAAGGGGACUUUACUACAACUCAUCCUCGACCUAUAGUCAAAGUGAAACUUUUUACGGAGAGCACUGGAGUCCUGGCACUCGAGGAUAAGGAGCUAGGAAGGGUAGUGUUGUACCCAACUUCAAACAGCUCCAAGUCACCUGAUCUCCAUAAAAUGAUAGUCCCUAAGAACAGCCAAGACUCGGACCUGAGGAUAAAACUAGCUGUGAGGAUGGAUAAACCGCCACACAUGAAGCAUUGUGGGUAUUUGUAUGCACUUGGACAGAAGGUUUGGAAAAGGUGGAAAAAGCGCUACUUUGUUCUUGUACAGGUUAGCCAAUACACAUUUGCUAUGUGCAACUACAGAGAGAAGAAAUCUGAGCCUCAGGAGUUAAUGCAACUUGAGGGUUAUACUGUGGAUUAUACAUCGCCCCAUCCAGGCCUCCAAGGUGGUCAGAUGUUCUUCAAUGCUGUAAAAGAAGGUGACACAGUGAUAUUUGCCAGUGAUGAUGAGCAAGAUAGAAUCCUGUGGGUUCAGGCAAUGUACAGAGCAACUGGUCAGUCUUAUAAACCCAUUCCUGCAAGCCAAGCACAGAAGAUAAACCCAAAAGCAAGUCAUAACCAAACAGAUAUAUCUCAUAAUACAGAGCGUGCUCAGAAGCAUGGCAUGGAUGAGUUUAUUUCUGCUAAUCCCUGCAAGUUUGACCAUGCUUCCCUCUUUAGAAUACUUCAGAGGCAGACCUUGGAUCACCGAUUGAAUGAUUCCUAUUCUUGUUUGGGUUGGUUUAGCCCAGGCCAAGUCUUCGUGUUGGAUGAAUACUGUUCUCGGUACGGUGUGAGAGGCUGCCAUCGUCACCUCUGCUAUCUCAAUGAAUUGAUGGAACACUCAGAGAAUGGUGCUGUCAUUGACCCAACCUUGCUCCAUUAUAGCUUUGCCUUUUGUGCUUCUCAUGUUCAUGGCAACAGGCCUGAUGGAAUUGGAACUGUGACACUUGAAGAGAAAGAGAGAUUUGAAGAUAUUAAGGAAAGACUUUCCUCCCUUUUGGAAAAUCAGAUAAGUCAUUUUAGGUAUUGUUUUCCCUUUGGACGUCCUGAAGGAGCUUUAAGAGCUACACUUUCAUUACUUGAAAGGGUUUUAAUGAAGGAUAUUGCCACUCCCAUACCAGCAGAGGAAGUGAAGAAAGUGGUUAGAAAAUGUCUGGAGAAAGCAGCCUUGAUCAAUUACACUCGGCUUACAGAUUAUGCCAAAAUAGAAGCCGCAAAUGAAAAGGAUCCAGAGACACUGAAUCAAGCUUCUCCUUCGGAAAAGCUGGAAGAGGUUAUUCAUUUAGCAGAGCUCUGCAUUGAAGUCCUACAGCAGAACGAAGAGCACCAUUCAGAGGCAUUUGCUUGGUGGCCAGAUUUAUUGGCUGAACAUGGAGAGAAAUUCUGGUCUCUUUUCGUGGUUGACAUGGAUUCAGCACUGGAAGCACAGCCACAAGAUUCCUGGGAUAGUUUCCCUCUUUUCCAAUUGCUAAAUAACUUCCUGAGAAAUGACCCACUUUUGUGCAAUGGGAAGUUUCACAAGCACUUGCAAGAGGUAUUUGUUCCCUUGGUCAUCCGUUACAUUGAUCUCAUGGAAUCAUCCAUUGCCCAGUCCCUUCACAGAGGUCUUGAACAAGAGUCAUGGCAGCCUGUCAAGACCAUCACCAACAGUCUUCCCAAUGUAGCUCUUCCAAAAGUUCCAAGUUUGCCUCUUAAUCUUCCACAGAUCCCUAGUUUUUCUACACCAACCUGGAUGGCCUCUUUAUGUGACUCCACUAACGGAUCAGCAACAUCAGAAGAUCUCUUCUGGAAACUUGAUGCACUACAGAUGUUUGUUUUCGAUCUCCAUUGGCCAGAACCAGAAUUUGCCCAUCACUUAGAACAGAGGCUUAAACUCAUGGCCAGUGAUAUGAUAGAAGCCUGCAUCAAAAGAACGAGAAUUGCUUUUGAUCUAAAACUCCAGAAGAUGAGCAAAUCAACGGACUUGCGUAUUCCUGCUUCCGUAUGCACAAUGUUCAACGUUCUAGUUGAUGCCAAGAAGCAAACUGCUAAACUGUGUGUUCUGGAUGGUGGUCAGGAGUUUGCUAAGCAAUGGCAACAGUACCAUUCAAAAAUAGAUGACUUGAUUGAAGAAACCGUGAAAGAAGUCAUUUCACUCCUUGUUUCAAAGUUUGUUGCAGUGCUGGAUGGUGUGUUGUCUAAGUUAUCAAGGUAUGAUGAAGGCACUUUCUUCUCAUCAAUACUCUCAUUUACUGUGAAAGCAGCUGCAAAAUAUGUUGAUGUUCCUACUGCAGACCACAACUGUAAACCAGGAAUGGAUCUAGCAGACACUUAUAUUAUGUUUGUUCGUCAAAAUCAAGAUAUACUUCGAGAUAAGGUUAAUGAAGAAAUGUACAUUGAAAAAAUGUUUGAUCAAUGGUACAGCAACUCCAUGAAAGUCAUAUGUGUGUGGCUGGCUGAUAGAUUAGAGCUCCAGCUUCAUAUCUACCAACUGAAGACACUCAUCAAAAUAGUGAAGAAGACCUAUCGAGACUUUCGGUUGCAGGGGGUGUUGGAAGGAACUCUGAACAGUAAAACCUAUGAUACGGUCCAUAGUCGUCUUACAGUAGAAGAAGCCACAGUAUCCGUGUCCAGUGGGGGUGGACUUCAAGGUAUCACUAUGAAGGACAGUGAUGAAGAAGAAGGCUGACGUUCUGCAUCUUUCAUGUUUUGUCUCAUGACUUGUUCUCAUUAUUACAUCUAUGGUUCUUGCCUUAAUGCCCCAAUACUACAAUAUAAAUCCAUCCCACCCGAAAGAGAGAUUUUUAAAAGGCCUCUGAAAAGAUGGGUUAAAAAUGGGAGGAGGGGGCAAAGACAUUUGGAACAUGAUGGAUUUUUUUGUCCAUGUUUUUUCUGUGUGGCUUUGCUUUGCACUGUGAGAAUGCCAGCAUGGAGAGUAAGCUCCACUUGUGCUUCGUCCCUUUUUGUUUGUAGCCUUGCCGUCUCUCCCCGUAACUUCACCGAAGAAGGGGCAUGUCCUGAACAGAACACAAACUUUGUAUAUCAUGCAACUCAACAGGCAGUCAUUCUUGGAAAGUCUUUGGUCUCAUUGUUCAAAGCAAACACUGUGUCACUUGCUAGGUUUGCAAUCCUGUCUGUAUUAUGUUUUGUUGCUAUUGUUUGGGAUGGGGGGUGGUGGAGGGGAUUGCAUUUUUCCUCCGUUAUUGGGUGAAGUGCAUUAAAAUUCUUACUUUUGGUUCCUCGUGCUUCGGUUCCAUUGUGUAAAAUGGCAGGAAGAGUAUCAGAACUGCCAAGAAAGCACAGACAAACACAAUUCUAAGUGUUCCAUCUUCAUCUCUCUUGCAAGUUUGAUAACUCUCAUCUUGUUGGAUGUUAGGAAGCUUGCCCUUCAGUAUUUCUAUGUCUCUGUGAAAACAUCCAGGCAAUAAAGACACCCUUGUUUUGUCACGACCAACUCUGUAUCUAGCCCACAUUUGUAAAAAAAAAAAAUCAAAAAAUUAAAAGAUGUUUGCAAUAUUUGAAAUCACUUGACAUUCUGUUUUGGAGGGGGUUUUGGAAAGGGGAGAGAUUUAAGAAUAAAGUGCAGUUUCCCGAAA